GCAAAGGAAAACAAAGAUGAAAAGAAUGAAUAAUUACUUUUACAUACAUAUGGCAAGCUGCAUGGGAGAAAUAUUUAUUCUGUCCCUCAAAGAUCAAUAUAAUAUUCCAGAUGAUGUAAUUGGCUGUCACAGUUAUCAUGAUAAAUCACAGUCGGGAACAACAGAAUUACUAUAUAAUGAAGAGAAGAAAGCAUUCACUGAAGCCCAGGAUAUGAUAUGGUCACCAAAGAAUAAAAGACCAGAAAAGUUAAAGGAUGGUUUGAAGGAAGUAGAGGAGCUACUGUCUCAACACAAAGUUGUUCAUAUAAGAUGGAGAAGUAGAAAAGUAUUACAGGUUGCCUUGAGUAAUAUGGCCAUAGUAACAUUUGUAUUCAGCUGUUUUAGUGGUGAUGCUGAGAAAAUUUUUAUUGACAAAUCAUUGGUUGGUAAAGGUAUCGGAGAAACAGUGUCAGAUGCUUUUGUUUCUGACCAAUUUUUCAUCACAACAUAUCCUGACAAACCUAAAGUUGACUAUGGAUUCUUCAUCAAGAGGCCUCCUAUAGGGGAGGCUAUAAAGAGAUUAGAAAAAAUAUCAGCUUGGGAACCCAAGACAGUACAGAUGGACAUUCCAGGACCGUUAGGUAGACGUUUGGAGAGAAGGGUAUCAGUCAAUACUCGUCAAGAUAUGGUUUUAGUUUGGUGGCCAACCUCCAGUAUUGAAGCAUGGCCAUGGAGUCCUAUGUCUACUGAUAGAGACAGAGCAAAUCUGAUAGUUCUAUCAAUACAUGGGCCAAAUAUAGACUUAUUGGCUUACAAUAGGACAGAGUGUGAUCCAUUUCAUGCAAGCUUUAGCUGUUUACAACCACACAGAUUUUUCACUUUAGAGCAGUCUCAGAGUGGUGGUGGUGAGACAACAGCUCAUACUUCUACAUAUGAGAUAAUUCAAGGAAAGAUUCAGAGAAUUUCAAAUAUUGCCAUUCCACUUAAAAGUCAUGUAACUUGUUUAAGUAGAAAUCAUUUAGAAGAUAAAUUGGUUCUUGGCUGUGCUGAUGGUUCUAUUGUACUAUAUGAUGAAGGGAGGAAGUCUACAUUUUUUGUCAGGGCUGCAUUGAUACCAGCCUCCAUAUCGUGGCAUCCUACAGGAACAGUAUUUUUUGUAGUGGGUGCUAGAGGAGAUAUUCAGGUUUUUGAUAUGGCAUUAUCUCCCCUGAAAAUACAGUUGGUGUCAGAAGAUCCAUGUACACAUAGAAUUCUACCUAUAGGCAAAUAUUUUAAGGUUCCCUACACAUUAAAGGAUAUUAAAUGGUGUUUAUAUGAUCCAAAGUCUGUAGAAUGGAAUGGUGACUACACUGAUGCUAUGUACAUGCAUUUUGACAGAGGUCCUCCAGUUGUGUUUAUAUUACAUCUAGGAGUUAUUAGUAGAGAGAGACUGUCUGGACUAGAAUUAGUCAAAGAGUACCUAAAACACAGGCAAGAAGAAGAGGCAGUACAGUUACUAAAAGCUAUGAACUGGGACAUGGAAGGUCCUGUAUGUUACUCAAGUUUGUCUGCUAUUGUAAACCAUUUACUAAGACAACCACUCAAUGCAGAGAGAGAGGCUCAGCUAGAGUCAACAUUAGGGACAUUUUAUGCACCAAAGCGACCUUUAUCAGAAGUAACAAUCAUGGACUAUAGAGAUCCUAUCAGUCGAUUAGCUAGGCGGUUCUUUCACCAAUUACUCAGGUACUCAAGAUUUGACAAGGCAUUUUUAUUGGCUGUAGAUAUUGGUUCAAGGGAUUUAUUUAUGGAUAUACAUUACAUGGCAUUAGAUAAAGGAGAAACAGCAUUGGCAGAAGUGGCGAAGAGGAAGGCAGAACAGAUUGAAUCAGAAUCAUUGGAUUCAUUUGAUGACUAUGAUGAUGAUUUUGUGGAUAAUGGAUUUCACCAGUUAAACCAGCAACAUCAAAAUGAGGUAUUUUAUAUAGAUUAG